CCAAAAGCCAACUCAUAGAUAUUUGCUGUUAUGACAAAUACUGUCAACCAAUAACAACAUGACAGAAAAGUAAACAUUCCAACACAAAUGUAGAUGAUUCAGCCAUAAUUCUAUGGCAAAACAAGCAGCUCCAAAUCCUAGCUCUCUUUUUUCCAAUUUUCAGUUUUACACACCCUAAAAUCACUAGUGUUUAGUGCACUAGUGUUUUUCCGAGUCUGCAUGAGAAAGGCAGCUUCGGUUGCUUCAAAGUCUGUACAGUUCUUCAACUUGACCCAUAGUUUCUCUUCUUCCCAGCAACUUCUAUUAUCAAUCUCCAUUCGAGACUACCGUCAUUUCCAUGGCACACUCCUCCCUCGGCCCUUCAAUGGAGAAAUCAAUCAUCAACUGCUCGUGCAACUACUCCAUGAAUUCUCAAGGGAACGAUCACUUGAUGCAACUAAAUCAAUCCACGCACUCACCAUUACAUUGGGUUCGAGUUCGCCCCAAUCCAUCUUCCUCAACAAUAAUAUCAUGUCUGUAUACGAAUCGCUUGGAGAAUUAUCGUUUGCUCGUAAACUAUUUGACGAAAUGCCACAGCGAAACGUGGUGUCAUACAAUACGAUGAUUUGUGCUUAUAGUCGUCAUGGGAAUGUAGACGAUGCUUGGAAGCUGUUAUUGGAGAUGAGGGCCAUUGGAUUUGAGCCAACCCAGUUCACAUUCGGUGGGCUCUUGUCGUGUGCUUCUUUGGAUCUCCGUCGAGGAUUUAUGUUGCAAGCAAUGAUUAUGAAGACUGGGUUGAUGUGUGCUGAUGCGUUUGCGGGGACUGCAUUGUUUGGUCUGUUCUCUAGACAUGGGUGCUUUGAUGAGGCUCUUCGAAGUUUUGAAGAGAUGCCUCUAAAGAACUUGGUGACAUGGAAUUCAAUGAUAUCUUUGUUUGGGCAUCAUGGGUUAGCUGAAGAUUGUAUUCUCUUGUUCCGCGAGCUCAUGAGAACAGAAGUGGUCUUGUCUGAAUAUUCUUUUGUGGGUGUUUUAUCUGGAUUUGUGUUGGAGCAAGACCUUGAAUCUGGAGAACAGAUACAUGGGUUAGUGAUUAAAAGAGCAUUGGAAUAUGAAGUGUCAGUUGUGAAUUCACUUAUCAAUAUGUAUGUGAAGUGCUCAGGCACUUGCUUAGCGGAAAAACUGUUUGAGGAAGUGCCUGUUCGGGAUAUUGUGUCAUGGAAUACAGUCAUUGGAGCUCUGGCAAAGAGUGAUAGACCAGGCAAAGCAUUAGAGCUCUUCUUGGAAAUGUGUGUGAAUGGAGUUUUACCUAACCAGACUACAUUUGUUAGUGCUAUUAACUCGUGUACCAGUUUGCAUGUUCCAAUGCAUGGAGAAGUCAUCCAUGCUAAAAUAAUCAAGAACAUGUAUGAAUCUGAUGUAUUUGUUGGAAGUGCAUUAGUUGAUUUAUAUUCUAAAUGUGAUAAGUUGGAAGAGGCACGUCACUCUUUUGAUGAAAUAUAUGACAAGAAUUUGGUUUCCUGGAAUGCUUUGAUUAUGGGUUACUCGAAGAAAUGCCCUUCUACUUCUGUUUCACUCCUGCGAGAAAUGAUUCAAUUGGAUUAUUGCCCCAAUGAGUUUACAUUCUCUACCAUACUAAAAUCAUCCUUCAUCUUAGAGCUGAAGCAGCUUCAUUCUUUGAUAAUAAAAAUGGGUUACCAACAGAAUGAGUAUGUAUUAAGCUCUCUCAUUUCCUCGUAUGCCAAAAGUGGUCAGAUAUCUGAUGCCUUGGUAUUUGUUGCUGCUACUAACGAACCACUUCCUGUCGUCCCCUCUAAUAUAAUUGCUGGAAUUUAUAACAGAACUGGCCAGUAUCAUAGUACUCAAGAAUUGUUUGCAGUUCUUGAGGAACCCGACAUCGUAUCUUGGAACAUAUUGAUUGCAGCUUGUUCUCGCAAUGGUGAUUACAAGGAGGUUUAUGAUCUUUUCACGGAAAUGCAGAUGGCUCAAAUCUACCCUGACAAUUACACAUACGUUAGUCUCCUGAGUGUUUGCACUAAACUUUGCAACCUUGCUUUGGGUAGUUCUCUACAUGGCCUUAUCAUAAAGACUGAUUUUAAUUGCUGUGACAUAUUUGUCUGCAAUGUAAUGAUAGACAUGUAUGGGAAAUGUGGGAGCCUAGAGAGCUCAGUCAAAGUCUUCAAUGAGAUGUUGAAUAAAAAUCUAAUCUCGUGGACUGCUCUAAUUUCAGCCCUUGGACUCCAUGGACUUGCAGCUGAGGCAUUGGAAAGGUUCCAAGAAAUGGAGGCUAUAGGGUUUAAGCCAGAUGGGGUUGCUUUCAUUGCUGUGCUUUCAGCAUGCAGACAUGGUGGGUUAGUGAAGGAAGGGAAGGAAUUGUUUGGGCAAAUGAAGAGAAAUUAUGGGGUUGAACCAAACAUGGAUCACUAUCAUCUUGUGGUGGACUUACUGGCUAAAUAUGGAAAUCUCAAGGAAGCAGAGCAAUUAAUUGAUGACAUGCCAUUCCCACCAAAUGCCUUAAUAUGGCGUAGUUUCCUCCAAGGCUGCAAGAAACCACGUAUUGAAGAGAAUCUAGCUGUAAAACAUGUAAACUAUUCUCACACGCAUGCCCCCACUGGGGCUGAACCUUCAACCUCCCCUUUGGAGAGGUGGAGGACAUAAUGCUCAAGCCUAGGCUUUGGUGGUAGAUGGUAUCUCAAGUUGCGGGCUGAAAUUGGACGAGAAUACGGGGAUUAAGGAGAAUAAUACUCAUUUGAACUUUUUCAUCAUAGUGGCAUAGUAGUUGACAAGGAAUGAAGCAGAAAGCAAACAGAAUAUGAGGAAAUAGAUGGAGAAUUAUCUAAUUAUAUACUAUUUAAGAUAUAAGUUCUUCCUUUUCAUUGACAAGGUAUGAUUAAGUAUUAUGCAGUGGUUACAGUAGUUAACAAGGAUUGAAGAUGCAAGCAAACAAUAUCUGAUGGAAUCAAUGGAGCAAUAUCUGAUUUGAUACAUGAGAGCUAUAUUCUGUGCUUUUGUCAACAAGGUAUGAUUAACAUUGGAUCUGUUCAACACAAAUUGCUGAUAAAUGAAAUCAAUUUUGAUUCCUGAUGUUUAUACAUUUGCUUCAUAAAUGGAUAAUGAGACCUUAUUUUCCUGCAAAUGUUGUAUAAGAGUUAUGUUGCAGGCUUACUGAUUGUGAUUCAUGUAGUAUUUUGUAUUUAUUAUUUAGAUUUUUGGAGAGUAACCUGUUAAUUUAUUGUUGAAGUAACAACUUAGGGAAAAUAACUGUCGUCGUAAUAAAUUGCAUCUGAUUUUUAUUUUUAUUUUUUACUUUUUCUGUGUUUUAUCUGCCUUUAAAGCUCCUGAAAGUUUUAAUCCUUCACAUUAAAAUGACCUGAACUUUUCUGAGAACUUAACCUCUUGAUUUUAACAUGAACGUGUAUUUAUAUUUGGCUCAACAUGUGUGGUACAUUCAUGUUUGUGCUGACUUCUUGUACACUUCUGAGUUUGUUGUAAAACAUUGCUUGAUUCUCAUCAUUUGGCUUUGGGGCCUCGGCUGUUCUUGGUUGCUAUUCUGAUAAUGGUUCUGGUCCUAAACUAGUUUUUGCAUGCAACUAUUUCUUUAAGAGCAAAAUCAGGUAUUGAAGACAUAUCUGUCCUCACCAAGAAAUUAAUUGUAACAAUCUAUUGUGCUUAAAUUUUAAUGUUUUAUUUUUAAUUGUUAUUAAUGCUUCGAUUUAUGGGUCCUAGAAAUAAAAUGUCAUAGUUUCUGCAUCAUCUGAUACACAGAAAUAUGCAUUUAAAUUGCGAGUUCAUAACUUCUUCAUUGGAGAAAAAUUAAUGUCCCUUGUGAUUCCAUUUAAACCGCCGCAUGAACAAAUAUUUGUAGUUAAAUUCUUCUAAAGAAAGUGACAGACUAAAAUCUUAAUUAAUUUCUCUCGAUGCACUUUGGGACAAGAACAGGGUACUUAAUAUAACAUUGAACUUCAUCUUUUCAUAUGAAUAUUGGAUACGAUUAAAGUUUACUCUUCAAAAUCUAAAUUUUGAUAAUUCUUAAUGGAUAGAGAGAGAAUCAUUUCGGUUGUGUUUGUCCUUCAACUUUUAUUUCCACUAGAAAAACCUCGUACCUUUCCUAAAAAAAUUUCCUUAAAGGGAACUUACUAAGAUUCUCCACUUGUAAUAAAUUAAUAAACAUGAAUCCAACAAUGUCAUUCAGCAUGCUAAGUUUCCUUUUUCAGUUCAUCAUCAUCUUCUUCUGCCCUUUAUUUUUUCUCCCUGUGGACCAUUAGGUAAAUGACUUCUGAAUAUCCCUUGUGGAAAAGUCAUUUGUUUGCGGCUAUUUGAGUUGAAAUAGAGCAGGGUUGAUUAAAUAUCACAUGAGAUGCUUUUGUAUAUUUGUAGACUAACAAACAUAAGGUUAUGGAUGAAUUUUUUUUUUAAUUCAAGGUUUAAUUGCCAUUUGAGAAUGUUUAAUUAAAGCAAAAGAUGACUCAAACAUAUGAUAAACCCCAUAACUGCCAUCACGGAGAAUGAUCAUAGCACUCUUUCGAACAACAAAGUCAUGUCCUCUCUAAUUUGGCUAAAAUUGCAUCAUGAACUACACCACAUAAAUUUCAGUGAUGUUCUCAUUUUCCUUCGUUGAUUACUUGUCAGGGAUGUGAACAGAACAUAAGAUUAUAUUUUCAACAUUAAGCUUCAUUGUUGACACAAUUAUAUAAUGUAUUUGAUGUAAACUUUGACGCUUUAAGGUUUUAGCAAUCCAUUUUAUAAAUUUGUUCCCACAAUCAUUCCCUGCCAUCACUAACACAAUAUUUAUCCAAUGAGUUAAUACUAAACAUUGCAACCUUGACAAUUACACAUAUGUUAGUCUCCUGAGUGUUUGCACUAAACUUUGCAACCUUGCUUUGGGUAGUUCUCUUCAUGGCCUUAUCAUAAAGACUGAUAUUAAUUGCUGUGACAUAUUUGUCUGCAACGUAAUGAUAGCCAUGUAUGGGAAAUGUGGGAGCCUAGUGUGCUCAUUUAAAAUAUUCAUUGAGAUGAUGAAUGCAUAUCUAAUCUCAUGGACUGCUCUAAAUUUCUGCCCUUGGGCUCCAUGGACUUGCAACCGAGUCCUUGGAAAGGUUCCAAGAAAUGGAGGUGAUGGGGUUUAAGCCAGAUGGUGUUGCUGUCUGUCCCUUCGGCAUGCAGACAUGGUCGAUUAUUGAAGGAAGAGAAAUUAUGGGGUUGAACCAGACACGGAUCACUAUCUUCUUGUGGUGGAUUAGUUGGCAAAAUAUCGGCAUCUCAAGGAAGCUGAGCAAUUAAUUGAUGACAUGCUAUUCCCGCCAAAUGCUUUAAUAUGACGUAGUUUCCUCCAAGGCUUCAAGAGACUGCGAACUGAAGAGAAUCUAGCUGUAAAACAUGUGAACUUGUGAUCAAAUCUUUGAAUUGAUAUUUUCAUUUGUCUUAAUGACUAUUAAUGUUUUUCUAUAAGACUCGUAGAAAAUUCUUUCAUUCUUGGAUGAUAAAAUACUUGUGAUAAAAUAUUUUAAAUGCCGGUUUAUCAGCUCUAUUUUAUGUGAGAAGAAGAGCAGUUAGGGACAUUCUGUUGUUGCUUAUAUAUAAAAUACACGAACAUUUCAUGGUUUUC